AUGUUCUAUCCUUCCUCCCGCCGCCACGUCUCCAUCUGCCCGCCGACGCGCCGACCUCCGCGCCGACGCGGACGACCAGCGUGGCGACGCGGACGACCUGCGACCACCGCGGACGGCCAGCGCGCGACCCCCGACGACCAGCGCGCUGCCGCGGACGGCCGGCGCGGCCCCGCCGACGACCCGCGCGCUAACGCGGACGACCAGCGCGGCCCCGCUGACGACCCGCGCGCUGACGCGGACGGCCAGCGCGGCCCCGCCGACGACCCGCGCGCUGACGCGGACGGCCAGCGCGGCCCCGCCGACGACCCGCGAGCUGACGCGGACGGCCAGCGCGGCCCCGCCGACGACCCGCGCGCUGACGCGGACGGCCAGCGCGGCCCCGCCGACGACCCGCGCGCUGACGCGGACUGCCAGCGCGGCCCCGCCGACGAGCCGCGUGCUGACGCGGACAGCCAGCGCGCGGCCACGAACGAACCGCGCGCCACCGCGGACGGCCAGCGCGCGGCCGUCAACGCCCCUGCGCCGACGCGGACGGCUGGCGCGCAGCCGCGGCUGAUCUGCCCGCCUGGUUAUACACUCCGCUCCGUCGUGUUCCAGGAGGAAGGCGGACUCCAGCCCAUCGCCCCUUCUGCCCCCACCGGACCUCCUCCUGAUGAGCCCGGACCUGAGCCCGAGCCCCCUGGUGAUCCUCCCUCCUUCGCACCGGAUGUCAACAAUCCUCAAAGCGUAGAAACUGCCAUCCGUGCCUACCGCAACACACUCAACGACCACCUUCGCCGUCAACUGCGCUAUGAGGACGACAAGCGCGCCUACGACGAGGCUGCUGCCCGUCACCGCGACUACCACACCCAACUCACCACGUACACUACAUGA